GCCACCUUUUCUUAGCCAAUCGAUCGUUUGCUAAUCCUCUUUUCUCGCCGGUCACAGUGCGGGAUUUUUAGCCACCUAUCAGAUUAGGAACAUGGCCCUAAUGUCCCUAAUCAGAGAUCUCUUUCUGGUUAGUAAUCAGUAAUCGGUGAUGAUGGAAUUGUGUCGACGCAAUGAGAAUUUUGCCACUGUCGUCAUCGAACGGCGGGCGGGCGGCAGAGCAGCAGGGCAGAAGACAGGAGAGACAGAGAGAUAGUAUGAGUGAGACCUAUUCUCAGCAAUACAACGACGAAUAAAAAUAAUAAAUUUCUCAAGCUGGGGAGGGGAAUUCCCUUCUGACUCUGACGCUGACUCUGACCGACCCAUCCCCUUCUCUCUUCAUCCAUCUCUCUCUCUCUCUGUCUCUGUCUUCCCUCUUCACUUUUGAUAAUCUAGCACUCGAAACUCUUCCUUUCCAGUCAGACCCCUCUCUCUUCACCUCUCUGAAAGCAUCUUCACAAUGGUCGGCUUAGCGUCUAUCAAAUCUCCCAUGAUGGGUCUCUUGCUCGCCGUGGCUUAUUCCAACAUGGUCCUCGACGUCAUCUACAUUGUCAAGGUCCACGAGAACCAAUAUACACAGACCUACCCUCCGGCCAUUGCCGCUUCUCUCGUCAGAAGUAUCCUGCACAUGCUCUACUGUCUGGGAUACUUUGUCACUAGCGCCAAGGGAGUGGCUUACCAAGCCAAGAACAUUGCCAUGGCUAUGCUCUUCUUUGCCCUCUUUGGAGUCGGUGCCGAUGCCGCUGCUAUUGCCCUCAAGCACAACGUCAACUACUGCCCUGUCUCUGCUUCCAACUAUGGAAACUGUAUCGGAGUCUUGAGGGGAACCGUCGGUCUCGGUUUCGCCCUUGUCGGUCUCGACCUCAUCUACAUUGGAUACCUCGCUGCCCUCGUCAGCAAGUACGGAGCUUGGGGCAAGGACCUCUACAACAUCCCUGAGCGAAAGCUUGCCAACGCCGAUCUCAACGACAAGGCCCCAGCUCACUAAGGGAAAUCGAUCGUCGAUCUCGUCAACUCGUGACGAUGUCCCUCUCUGUAUCCUAGAAAUUCCCGCCCAUCAUCAAGUAUAGUCACUCUGAUAGAUCAUCAUCGUCAUCAGAGCUUCUCGCCUUGUUCUCCUACCCAUUCUCAAGGUUGGUGCGCCUUAACCGGUGCGCUGUAGCCAUAAUUUCUCUUCGAAUACGUUAUAAUCCAACUCCAAUUCAUCAUGAUAUCCUGAAUGCAUCGGUUGCUUGCAU